AUGAAAAGCAAAAAAAAUGUGCCACUUGUCGAAAAAGCAUUUUCAUAUUGGAAUCCAAAAGAAGCUACUUCUCAAAUAGAAUGUGGCAUAUUAAAUGAUACUUCCAAAGAUAUAAGCAAUGAUGACGUUGAAUACGAAAUACCUAACAGUGGUGUCUACUCAGAGGACAGUAGUCAUUCAAAAAACAUAUUUAAUGAUUUCAUCAAUUCUUUUAAACCCAAACAAGAUGCCACGACGGAAGAAUGUAUUAUGGAAGACCCUCCAAGUGAAAAAGAACAUAGAGUUACAGAAAGUAAGUUAGAAAGAUCGCUAAGUAGUAGAAUCUUAUUUUCCAUUACCAUUGGUACUGGCAUUGGAACUGGUUUGUUAGUUGCUAAUGGUAAGUCCCUUCAUUUCGGUGGGCCUGCAGGAGUUGUUAUAGCUUAUAUUUUGGUAAGUGUAGUCGUUUUCUUUGUUAUGGAUGCAGCUUCAGAAGUUGCUGUCGCAUAUCCUACAGUCCCAGGUGGUUUUAACGCUUGUUACUCUUUUUUAUUCGAUGAAGGUUUCUCCUUUGCUACCAUUUGGUUAUUUUUAUUACAAUGGUUAACUGUUUUCCCAUUAGAAUUGAUUACCGUUUCUUUGGUUUUGCAAUACUGGAAUACUACAGUCGAUUCAGAUAUUUGGGUUUUAAUUUUUUAUUUUUUCAUCAUUUUUGUUCACUUGUGUGGGACUAGAGUGUAUGGCGAAAUUGAAUUUUUCUGUAAUUCAUGUAAAAUUCUAUUAAUGGCUGGAUUUUUCAUAUUUGCAAUCGUUAUCAAUUGUGGUGGUGGUGGAAAAGAUGGCUACAUUGGUGGUAGGUAUUGGCAUGAUCCGGGCGCUUUUCGAGGCUCGACUGCAGAAACACAUUUCAAAGGGUUAUGCUAUGUUUUAGUCAUUGCUUAUUUCAGUUUUGGUGGCAUUGAAUUAUCUACAUUUAGUGUUUCCGAACAUAAAAAUCCAAAACUAACAAUGACAAAGAAUAUCAAAACAGUUAUGUACAGAAUUAUUUUUAUUUAUUUGGUACCAAUUAUUUUGCUUUGCUUUUUAGUCCCAUACAAUUCUCCAGAUCUAAUGGGUUCCAGUGGUUCCAGUGCUACUCAUGCUUCGCCUUUUGUUUUGGCUGCAUCUUUGCACGGUGUCAGGGUUGUUCCACAUUUUAUUAAUGCGGUUAUUUUAAUUAGUGUCACAAGUGUUUCCAAUUCGGCUAUGUAUGCUGCCCCAAGGUUAUUUUAUGCAUUGGCUGAGUUGGGUUACGCUCCUAACUUUUUAAAAUUUGUUGAUAGAAGAGGUAGGCCAUUAUUAGGCAUUUUAACUUGUGCUAUAGUUGGUCUCAUUGCCUUUGCAGCAACUUCUCAGAAAAAGGAGCAGGUUUUCACCUGGUUGGCCUCCAUCGCUGGUUUAUCUGAAGUUUUCACUUGGACCGGUAUUUGCAUAAACCAAAUUCGUUUUAGACAGGCUUUGAAAUAUAAUGGCAGAUCAGUCGACGAACUAGCUUAUAAGACCAAGACAGGCAUUUGGGGUUCCGUCUAUGCCGUCUUUUUCAAUAUAUUAGUUUUGAUUGCACAAUUUUGGGUCGCUGUGGCUCCAAUUGGUGAAAAUGGUAAAUGUGAUGCUGAAGUUUUUUUUGAAAACUAUUUGGCUGUUCCAAUUUGGAUAGUAUUCUACCUUGGAUACAAGAUCUAUAAAAAGGAUUGGAGACUCUGGAUUCCAAUUAGUGAGGUUAAUUUAACUAAUAAUAUGGCUAUUUACGAUAUGGAAAUUCUAAAGCAAGAACAUUUAGAAAAUAGGGAUAGAAUGCGUAACGCUGGUUAUUUAACUAAAUUUAGAGAAUUGUGGUGUUAA